UACAAUCGUGAGUUCAAUAGUUCAACUUCACAAUAUAUAUACAUGUAUUAAUAAAGACACUUGAUAACUGUACUGUAUAAUUCUGAUUCUGAUUGUGGUUGUGCUUGUACCAGAUUGAUAAUGGAGUUUUCUGGAUUCCCACUUAUUAACUAACAAGUAAAAGUAAAGUAAAGUAAAGUUAAAUAAAAUAAAAGAACAAUAAUUGGAAUAAGUGGCACUCAACAACUGAAUAAAUUGCGUUUUCCGCGUGGUUUCCACUCAGUUAUUGAAAUAACGCGCGUGAAACAAUGGCGGUGUUGUGGUGUUUACUCUUGGUGACUGUUUUAACCACGAGGGACAUUUCUGCAAGCCCAUAUUCUUAUAAAACUUUAACUUUGAGUGUCCCACUGGAUCAUUUCAGUUACCGAUCAAAUGCAACGUUUGACUUGAGAUAUCUCGUGAAUGAUUCGCAUUGGAAACCAGAGGGACCCAUUUUUUUCUACACCGGAAAUGAAGGUGACAUUGAAGUCUUCGCGCAGAAUACUGGUUUAAUGUGGGAGAUUGCGCCUGAUUUCAAUGCUAUGCUAGUGUUUGCUGAGCACAGAUAUUAUGGAAAAACAAUGCCGUUCCAAAACAAAUCAUAUUCAGACGCUGAACAUCUUGGUUAUUUAUCAUCCACACAAGCCCUGGCUGAUUUUGCGUAUCUUCUGGACAAUAUACAAACAAAUCUGGCAAAAAGUAAUAAAAAUAAACCAGUUCCAGUGAUUGCAUUCGGUGGAUCCUAUGGUGGGAUGCUAGCAGCUUGGAUGAGACUCAAAUAUCCAUGGGUUAUCAAUGGUGCUGUAGCAUCCUCUGCGCCAAUAUAUCAAUUCCAAGGACUUACUCCUUGUAAUACUUAUUCUAACCUAGUCGCGGAUGUUUUCAACGUCUCAUCAAAAACUGGUGAAUGUCCAAAGAAUAUAAAACGUAGUUGGGCGGCCAUAAGAAACAUAACCACAACAAAAGAAGGUCGUGAUUGGUUGACGAAUGAAUGGCACCUCUGCGCGUCCCUAAACAGCACCGAAGAUCUUUCGAAAUUAAACCUAGCGGUGAAGAACAUUUUCAGCGUGGUGCCGAUGAUUAAUUAUCCUUAUCCAACGGAGUUCCUCAUGCCGGUCCCAGCACACCCCGUUCGUGAAAUGUGCGCGCACCUGGACGAUAAGAAGACAUUGGACAUGGAUCUGCUCACUGCAAUUGGCAAGGCAUUAUCAGUUUACACGAAUUAUACAGGCGCUACGAAAUGUUUCAAUGUGAAUAACACCAAUGGUAAUAUCGAUGGAAAUGGUUGGGAUUUCCAGGCGUGUACGGAAAUAGUAAUGCCUUAUUGUGUUGAUAACGCCAACGGUAUCUUUGAACCUGAAUCAUGGGACUUCCCAAAAUUUUCGAAUGAUUGUAUGCAAAAGUUUGGCGUGUCUGCCAAGCGUGAAGACUACGCCAUUUUGAAUUAUGGCGGGAAAGACGCGGAAUAUUCAAAUAUUAUCUUUACUAAUGGAUUGUUAGACCCGUGGUCACCAGGUGGCGUUCUCAACUCAUCCAGUACUUCUGUGUAUACUAUUGUUAUACCGGAUGCGGCCCACCAUCUUGAUUUACGCGCUAGUAACCCAGGAGAUCCGGAUACUGUCAAAAAUGCACGCACACUCAUCCAAAACAUUCUCCAUGUUUGGUUGAAAUCAAUCUCAAAUAAUGUUUAGAGUUUAGAACACCCUGUAUAUUUUUUAACUCCUAGAUGUAGAUAAAUAGUUGAAACGAGUUCUUUCCCAAAACUCCGCAGGGCAUUCUUUGUAGACUCUUUGCCAAAUUACCAAUAAAAAGCGAUGUUUAAACUUAA